UUGGGAAAUAAUGGUGUCCGUCACGCCGAACUUAACUUUGAUUAGACUAUUUCACUGGUUGUAAGGACGCUUGACUACCUUUGACAGGCAGUAUUAGAAAAUCUAAUAUAUUUAAAAUGGUCAAACAAGGUAUACAUUAUUUCGUAGCCCAUACGGCUGCUUUAAAACACAGUUUGUGAUUUUGAUUCUAUUCGUGACACUUCCAGAAAAGCAUUUACAAUUCUUUUUUCUACAUGUUGAUAUGGUCCACCUUCUAAAACAUAUACAUAUAUUAGACCAGUCAAAUGUGGACAUGAUUGUGCCACACUUACAGCAAUUUCUUUUAAACAUAGAUAAUUACCAGCAAAAAAAUAAUUAAAUUGCUCUUUAUGUUUACAAAAACGGUAGAGAUUUAAAAAAAAAAGAACGAAAUGUUAAAGACUGUGUGUUUAGAUUAAUUCUGCUUUAAAAAGUUAUAUUAAAUAUUUCAAAGGUUUCACAAAAACUAGAUUGUGACGUUUAUGUAAAAUGGGUAUAAUAUGCUAGACGAGGUCUGAGUUCAGGUCUUACAGGUAAACUUCAGCUAAGGUGAUGAUUUGGAACAGUAUUUUAUAAAAUUUGUGAAAUAGCUUUUUAUCCAAGCUUCCAAAUGGAAGCUUUAGCGUGGCUCUCAACAAGCAGGACAACCUUGUCCCUUCCUCAGUCAAGUUUACAGUUUUUUUCUGUUUACAUUGUUAGUAAUUUACCUUUGAGUUAAAUUUUUGUUCACUGAUAUAAAUAUAGUUAGUGGUAAUUACAACUGUGUAAUUGAACCUGGGCAUACAUAUGAACCACUGCUUUUUUUCAUAAAAAUAAACUUUGUCUUUAUUUACAUUCCAAACAAGUAUGUUUGUUCCACAAAUCAAUAAAAAGCUAAGUGUUGUCAGAAAGCCACAGAAUCUUACAGAUAGUAGACUUUAGUGUUAGCAGAUCUUCAUGGUCACUGGUGUGCCAGCCAUGCUGUGGGGUGGAUAAUCCGGGAUUAUCGGUCGCUUAAACCUCAUUGCAGUUGUACAAAGGCUAUUAAGUAAAGUGGCAGUAGUAAAUGCACAGUUUUACUAUGUUCCUCUAACAGUAGACUACUAAAGCUGCAGUGAUGGUUUAUUUUCAUUUCUUUUUUGUUCCGAUAUUUUGCCUUUUCUUCCACCCUUCCUUUGGUAUUGUGCAAUUUCUAAGAAUGGGGAAUCUUACCUCCUUCAGUACUGGGGGUCUAUCCAGUACAGCCUGUGUGCAGCUUGUUCAGGAGAUGGUGUCAGAGAACUGUGUUGUCAUAUUCUCCAAAAGCGCCUGUCCCUAUUGCAGAAUGGCCAAAAAUGUGUUCAAUGAAAUUGGUGCCAAUUACAAGGUGAUUGAACUGGACCAGCACAACGAUGGGAAGAGACUUCAAGAGGCCUUGGCACAGAUGACUGGUGCCAGAACAGUGCCAAGAGUCUUUGUCAAUGGAAGCUGCAUCGGAGGCGGCUCUGACACCAAACAGCUCCAUCAGCAAGGAAAGUUGUUGCCCCUCAUCGAGCAGUGUUCUCCCUGCUGUGCUGCCGAGGGCUCAGGGAGUGGACACUUUGAAUCCUCUAAAUGACUAACCGUUUUUGUAGUCUUUCUAAAUCCUCUAGUAUUUACACCUUUGCUCAAUUUGAUGCUAAAGGUUAUGAAUUCUUUGAGCAUGUAUAUGCUCUUCGUUUAUCAAAGCCAAGCAUGUUGUUGAUGUCUAGUUUGCUUGUAUUUUCUCACAGAGAUGGAGAAAAAGGAGUGUGAUUUAUGAGUGUAAUAUUUUAUUAAAGUCUUUAUCUUAAAAUCUAAGUAGUAAGCACUGGAUGCACUUCAGUUUUUUCUGUUAUUUUGUUGAAUUGCAAAAUUCAAAGAGAAAAUACUUUAAACCUUAAUAUGUAUUGGAAUUGGCAAACCUAGAAAUAAUAACAUGUAAGAGUGAAUCAUUUUUGAAUACACCCUUUACUCUGCUGCUGUUCAGGGAAAUAGUAGAGACCAACAUAUAUGUAAGGGAAAAGUUGAUCUGUUUUGUUUUGUGACUUGAGCAAAAGCUGCGACUGUCUGAAUGUUUACUAGAGAAAUGCAUUGAUAAAGAAUUACCAAUGCAGGUCAAGUGUUUAUGGUUACAGAUGAGCCUAAAUACGAUAAAAUAUUUUUAUUCCUGUACAUCAGAUGUAUAUUAUUAUUUGAUAAACAUAAAUUAAAGUCCUUUCUCAGGUUCCAAUG